AUAGCUCAUACUUCAACUGAGCUUAAAACCUCUUCCAAACGGACCCUAAAAACCCUCCAACACCUUACAUAUCUCCGGCGACUCUCCGGCAAAAUGCCCGGUGUCGCCUCCAACUCCGAUGACCUCGCUCUCAUCCCUCACUCACCAACCAACUCUCACACAAUCGCACUCCACCACACGGUGAAACCCCCAAUUUCUCGCCUCUCAAUCGCGUGGGCGCGUGGAAACUCCCUGCGCGUCGCCGUUAUCCGGAAGCCGCAGGCCGGCGAGUCCGACGACGAGCCGGGAGGACAAGUAGUGGAGGUGAAGCUCGGCGUUGACGAAGCCGAUAUAUACGAGGCGCAGUGGAGGAGAAUUGCUUAUGGCUCCGUUACUCCGUUUGCGGUGCUUCAGAGUCGAAAAAAUUUGAAUACGAAUGCGUAUAAUGCUGAUCUGCCAGCCUAUGUGAUUGAGUACAGCAGGGAAAUAAACUCAUUGCUGGGGAAUCAAAAAGUGCUUCCUGAUCCGGUUAUUGAAGAUCCGAAAACAGUUCUACAGAGGGUUGACGAGCCAACAUUUUCGAAAGCGGCUUGGGAACUGAUGGAAAUAUUCUUUGCUGAUAAGCAGUCUGAUGGUUGGAUACCUGAACGCCUUGUUGAUUGGUUAUCAGAUUACGACAACCUUAUCCACGGAGAGCAACCAACAAUCUAUUCCAGACUUGUAGAUUUUCAAACUGAGCUUGUUAAUUUACAGGCAGUUGAAGAGGAUCCCAAGUAUUGGGACGUACUAUCAGCUGCACUAGCCGUUGGCUGGCUAGAUAUUGUGGUGAAAUUGUUGCGCCUGCACAGUUCUUAUCAGCACAAUCAAAUAGGGAGUCGUGAGACAGAGAAUGGAUUGGUAGAGACUGUUGUUGUUCUUGUCUCAAAAAUGCCACGCCUGCGCCCUAAUCUAUCAGCAGGAAAAUUAGGCGAAUGCUUUGACAAUAAGCCUGAUUUUGUUAAGGCAUGGGAGAAAUGGCGAGGACAAAUUACUAAGCUCGAUUGCAGUGCCUUUUGGCUUCAAUGUGGGCAUCAGGACACAAGGGAGGGUCUGAAAAAAUUGUUGCAAAUUAUGUUGGGUAAUGCUAGUGUCCUUUCUGCUACAACAUUUCAUUGGGUAGAGCUGUUUAUCGGACACUUCCUGUACAUCAGACCAUUCACUGUGGGUAUGGAAAGCAUGUAUAAUCUUGCUCAGAAAUGCAUGCAAUUCAAACCAGGAUCCAGUCCUCAUAAAUUGAUGGAACUACUUAAUGGAAUUCUUGGAGAAAAUACUGAGGUUGUCUUAGCUGAAUGCUCAAGAUCGUUUGGUUCCUGGAUGAUUACUCAUGCCAUUGAGCUGCUAACGGCUGGGAGCACACAAGCAGAUAUAUUAUUGCAUGAAGAGCGUAAUAAUCUGGGGGGAAUUUGCAUAGAGGAGCUCCAUCGACUUGUCUAUGCCCAAGUUCUGUCUUCACAUGCAUUAACUUGGCAAAUUGCUCCAAUAUAUUUGGCAUCAUGCAAGAAGCAAGGAAUGGGCUUGUUAGAGAUAUUAUUGUACAAACAACCCGUAGGACAUAACCAAGUACUGCUCAAGAAUAUAGAGAUUUGCCGGAUGUAUGAACUUGAUAAUGUUGGUGCAAACGCAAUGAAGAUUGCCGGUGUACAUCACUGGAAGCAUGGGAAGAAAGGGUCUGGAGUUUUUUGGCUUCAGCAAGCUCAAGAUGAAUUUCGUUUGAACAGAAUUGCUCAGCAGCUGUUUGAUUUUGUUGGGAAGUCGGUCUCUGAUGAAAGUUUUAAGCAAUGGGAGGGAUUAAUUGAAUUAUUGGGAUCUCAGUCUAAAGCUGCGGGUGGUCUGGACUUUCUCCACAAGUAUAGAGAUUUCAAGAGAUCCCUUCAGCAGGUUACUGAUAUUGCAUGUAUUGAUGCUGCACGAAAAGCUUCUGAAGCUCUCAUAUUGCUUAUGAAGAACCCAUCAACGCCUCAACGUUUCUGGCUAUCUCUUUUAUAUGACUCGGUGAAAUUGCUUAACUGGAAGGAGCGUACUCUCUUAAACGUCCCUCAAACUAACUUGUUACUAAAUAAAUUGCAAGAGUUGUCGAUGGCAAGGCUACGUCCUGACUUUAUAGAAGCAGACUUGCCGCCUCAGGCCUUGAGCUCUGUCAGGCUGGCCCUUGCAACUAACCUUGGACGAGCCAUCUUGGAGGAGUAAUCAGGUUUAUAUGACUAGAAAAUUAUAUGAAAUAUUGUAAUGCAGAUAUGUGCAGGAUUUGGUGAAGAUGGUCAUCAUAUAAAUGUUAUACGCACGGUCCUGCACAAGAUUCUGCCGCUGCGCAAGAUUCUGUCGCUUCUGUGCAGGAUACUGUCGUUUCUGUGCAAGAUUCUGUUGCUGUGCAGCUUCUGUGCAUCUUAUUAGUUAGAAGUAUGGUCCUAUUGAAAAUGUAAUGCAGCUGGUUUGCUAUUGUAUUGAUUGUACCUAAAGUAUAUUUAAGUUGUUACUCUAUAAUAUAGUACCGUUAUAGGGAGAAGAGAUAUAGUGGCUGUUUGGCGGGGCUUUUAAGCCCCGCUUCUGGACUUUUAAGUUAGAAGCACUUAUUUCGUGGGUGUUUGGGUUGGACUUAUAAGUCUUAUGAGCACUUAUUCGUACCGUUUGUGUAAUAAGUCAAGAAGCACUUAUAAAAAGCUAGGAAUGCUAUCUUUUGUUUCA